CGCAUGUCCUGAUUAACACCGGAGACUUUUAUUGUGAAGAGGAGUUUGUUGUCUGUCCGGCUUCACGUCGCCUGCCUCCUCGCUAGCAUCAAUAACAAGCCACCAUGGGAGGGACGUCUGUCCUGCGGUGAUGUUUGACCGACCCUCUGCCGCUGUGCUCGGCUGUGAGUCCCGCUAACCUCGGCUCCGGUGACCGGGUGAUGUCAGCCCAGCUUCCGCAGCAGCAGCAUCAGCAGCCCGGGGAGGAUCCAGCAGCAGCAGCCCGCUAACCUCAGAGCCAGCCCGGCUAGCCGCUGCUGAUGACUGGCUGUUUUACUGACAUUGAUUUUCAGAGGGAGGCACCAUGGCCGGUAAGGUGAAGUGGGUGACGGACAUAGAGAAAUCAGUGCUCAUCAACAACUUUGAGAAGAGGGAAUGGAUCCCAGUGACAGAAAACGAGGACUGGAAUUUCUACUGGAUGAGCAUCCAGACCAUCAGGAAUGUGUUCAGUGUGGACACCGGCUACCGCCUGUCAGACGAACAGAUGGUUAACCACUUCCCCAACCACUAUGAGCUGACCAGGAAGGACCUGAUGAUCAAGAACAUCAAACGCUACCGGAAGGACCUGGAGAAAGAAAGCAGCCCGCUGGCGGAGAAGGACGAGAAUGGAAAAUACAUUUAUCUCGAUUUCGUGCCUGUGACGUUCAUGCUCCCGGCCGAUUACAAUUUGUUUGUAGAGGAGUAUCGGAAGAAUCCGUCCAGCACCUGGAUCAUGAAGCCCUGCGGGAAGGCCCAGGGCAAAGGCAUCUUCCUCAUUAACAAACUGUCCCAGAUAAAGAAGUGGUCCAGAGAUAGCCGCACCUCCACGUUUGUAGCAGCUGCUAGUGGUAAGGAAGCGUAUGUGAUCUCCCUGUACAUUGAUAAUCCUCUGCUGAUAGGAGGGAAAAAGUUUGACCUGCGUCUCUACGUCUUGGUGACGACCUAUCGACCUCUGAAAUGCUACAUGUACACGCUGGGCUUUUGUCGGUUCUGCACAGUGAAGUACACGCCCAGUACGAGUGAACUGGACAACAUGUUUGUCCACCUCACUAAUGUGGCCAUCCAGAAACACGGGGACGACUACAACCACGUUCAUGGAGGCAAGUGGACGGUCAGCAACCUACGUCUGUACCUGGAGAGCACCCGAGGAAAGGAGGUGACGAGCAGACUCUUCGACCAGAUCCACUGGAUCGUGGUGCAGUCGCUGAAAGCCGUGGCCCCCGUGAUGAACAACGACAAGCAUUGUUUUGAAUGUUACGGCUAUGACAUCAUUAUCGAUGACAAGCUGAAGCCGUGGCUUAUUGAGGUCAAUGCAUCCCCCUCACUCACCUCCAGCACAGCCAAUGACCGCAUCUUGAAGUACAAUCUCAUCAACGACACCCUCAACAUCGUCACACCCAACGGGGAAAUCCCAGACUGCCGCUGGAACCGCAGCCCACCCCGGGAGGCCCUGGGCAACUACCAAGUCCUGUACGACGAGGAGCAGGCACAGAGCGAGAAUGCUGAGCGCGACCUGCGGAGCCGCUCGGGUCAAUCGCUGGGGUCAAAGGGCUCCAAGGGGAGUGCAGGCAUUCGCCCCGCCGCCGCCACCUGGAAAUGAGGUGAUAUUGUUGACUCUUAAUGGCUUCCUGUACAAUAUUACAGGGUCCAGCGUGGGGGAUACAAAAAAGGACCACCCAUACUUUUUUUAAUACAACUAUCCAACAGAGGACUGUUCUCUCUCUCUCCACAUCUGACUGAAUGAGGCACACAGGGCAAUAACCCUACUGCUGGAAGGGAGAAAAUCAAUAAUGAGGUCAUGCUGUAUUUGGAGUUUAAAGGUUGGAGGCUGUUCUUAUCAAUGUGCAACCAGAAAUGUAAAAAAAAAAAGAAUGGUAUGGGAUUUCAGUGCGGUCAGAACAAGUUUUGGUCUCUUGAAACAGCAACAGGUCUCGACCUAGACCAAGCUCUUUCCAAAGAGAAGGAAAAAUGACCCAAAAAAUGCUUUGAUAGAAGAAAAUAUUGAGUGAAACCUCUUGAGACGGCCCCGACAGCUGGAGAUUUCAGGUACCUGCCACAAAUAGAAUAGUGGCGGUUACACAAAGUAAAAAAAAGUUUCGCCAGUUGGAAAACAAAGUACGAAAAACCAACCUGAGCAAGAAGAAUUAACAACGUUAGCGAUGCAUGAUUACUGAGCACUGAUGUCUUAACUCGACUCACCACACAGAUGCUAAAAUGAAGGAGCUCUGUGAGAUGAAGUGAAUGGAAAUAAAGAUGUUUUAGAUAUGAUUUAUUGAUAGGCAGAUGAUACUUAGAUAGAUAGAAUUAUCAGAAAGAAAAUAUAUCAUGACCUUUAAAUAGAUGAAUUGAAUAAUGUUUUAUUUGUUCAUUAUCUUUUCGCGCGGGGGACGCUUUAAGAUUGAUUGUAUUCAGUGCUGAACCUUGUUGCACUUUAUCACUUUUUUUUAAAUAUCCCAUUAUGCAUUUUGAGUUGGACUGCUGCAUAUUUUCACAUUUAUCUUAUAUAUAAAUCUGCAUUUUUCCUGCAGAGGCUGAGAUAUUGAAUCAGUGAUGAUGAAUAAAUGUCCAUAUUUUGAAUUUUACUAAUGUUGGGCUUAACAGUAUUGAGAAAUAACUGCAAGUUUUGUGAUCUUAUUUAAAUAUUACAAUGCAUACAGUUUAAUGUUAAAGCUGGAUGAAUACCAAUCAAACCAUAGACUGUAUAUAAAGAUGGACGACGCAUUUCAACUUCCUCCCACUCUCCAGAAAUGAAGACAAAAUAUCCCGGAUACGAUCACUGCCAUCUUGUGCCUAUGACGUCAUUUGGAGCCAUUUGGAGUUCCUGGACAAAUGAACACUUUAACAAACAUCAGUGUGAUAAGAACUAUUUAAAAUCACUGAAACCAUCUUAGAGAAAAAUGUAUUUAAAGUGUACUUGCGGUGUCCAUGUCCUGUCUGCUAACAUGGAGUUUAUGACUCCAUGUUUAUGACCUACACUGCAGCCAGCCACCAGGUGGCGAUCGAGACAUUUUGGCUUCACUUUCGUGGAGCUGUCAUGUCGUAAAUCUUUAUUUGCAGUCUAUGUUUGAAACCUAAUCUGAUGUUUGUUUUUGUAUUAGUAGUACCUAAAAAGGCUUUUUCACCUUGUUCCUGCAAAGCAAGGUUAAUACAGUCAGUCAAAUGUGUGUUGAUCUAUUAUUUCCUACUAAAUUCCCCUUGUAGCCAUCUGAUCUGUGUCAGGCAUUGCUGGACAGUGAGAUAAAAGCAUAAUUACAUUCCUCUGUAUGACAAGUUUAUCAUUUCAAUUCAUUUUCAUUUUUUGUCUUGGUUUCAAUAAAAUAUCCAUAUUGG